GUUUCUCUUUGCCAGCAACUCGACUCACAAAAGCUAGGUAAAGUCGCAGCAUUAUGUUUUUCGUUCACUGCCAAGCUUACAUAUGAUGACCGGUGUUCGGAUUUGAUUUCCACUUUUCAAAUAUUCUGUGUUUGUAAGAGUUGUCUUCUCCUCAUAUAGCAGACGAAAACGUCAUUGUUAGGCUUGAUUUGAUUGGAUACAAGAUAUCUUUUGGCCAAUGAAAUCGAUUCUUUUAUAGGGAGCGAUUCUCUCCGUGUUACGCCAAAAUGUGCAAUUUUGCAGUCAUUGCUAUUUUUUGUGUAUAACAUCUGUCCUUCAGUGGAACAUUAGAAAUAAAAUUAUUGGGUGAGGAAAGGAAUAUCAUGAAGCUCUUACACAGAGAUAUUGAGAAAAACGGUGAAGGGUCUGUAACCCUGAUGCCAGAGGAGGCUGAAGACAUGUGGCAUGCGUAUAACCUGGUGCAGGUGUCGGACUCACUACGCUCAACUACUAUUAGGAAAGUCCAAAAUGAGUCGGCGACAGGAAGUGUGAGUGUCAACAAGGUGCGGACAACUCUCACUAUUCAGGUGGAGGGCAUAGACUUCGACACACAGGCGUGUGUGUUGCGGGUGAAGGGCAGGAACAUCUGUGAGAACCAGUAUGUCAGGAUGGGGGCCUACCACACCCUAGACCUGGAGCAGAACCGUCAGUUUACUAUUGGCAAACAUGAAUGGGACAGUGUCAGCAUGGAGAGGAUAGAGAAUGCCUGUGACCCGACCCAGCACGCUGACCUGGCCGCCGUGGUGAUGCAGGAGGGGCUUGCCCACGUGUGUCUUGUCACAUCCAGCAUGACGCUGGUUAGGGCAAAGAUAGAGGUCAACAUCCCCAGGAAGAGGAAGGGGAUGUGUGACCAACACACCAAGGGUCUUAAUAGGUUUUAUGAUCAGAUUGUUCAAGCAAUAUUGAGACACAUCAAUUUUGACAUUGUAAAAUGUGUGCUUAUCGCAAGUCCAGGCUUUGUAAAGGAUCAGUUCCAUGAGUACAUGACAACCACAGCUGUGAAGAAUGACUACAAGUUGCUGAUUGACAACAAGUCCAAGUUUGUCCUUGUGCACUCAUCUUCAGGAUUCAAACACUCGCUGAAGGAGGUGUUGUCGGACCCGACUGUGACAUCCAAGCUGGCAGACACCAAGGCAGCAGGGGAAGUGAGGGCACUGGAGGACUUCUAUCAGAUGCUGCAGACCGAUCCCAACAGGGCGUACUACGGUGUGAAGCAUGUGGAGAAGGCAGCUGACCUGCAGGCUGUGGAGAUCUUGUUGGUGUCAGAUGAACUCUUUCGGUCCAAUGACAUACAACAGCGGAAGCGGUACGUGAACCUGGUGGACAAGGUGCGUGACAAUGGAGGAGACGUGAGGAUAUUCUCCAGUUUACAUGUGUCGGGAGAACAGCUGGGCCAGCUGUCCGGUGUGUGUGCCAUCUUGCGCUUCCCCAUGCCUGAUGACGAGGAUGACUCUGAUGAUGAGGACUAGCCUUUUGUUAUGAAUGUGUAUACAAGCUGAUCUGUGAUGAGGACAUGUCUCUUCAGGGUGGCUCGUCCCGGCUGCCAGUGUGGUUCAGAGAGCAGCCAGGGUGGUCCAUUGGUUGCCAGGGUGGUUCAAAGAGCAGCCAGGGUGGUUCAGAGAGCAGCCAGGGUGGUCCAUUGGUUGCCAGGGUGGUUCAGAGAGCAGCCAGGGUGGUCCAUUGGUUGCCAGGGUGGUUCAGAGAGCAGCCAGGGUGGUCCAUUGGUUGCCAGGGUGGUUCAGAGAGCAGCCAGGGUGGUCCAUUGGUUGCCAGGGUGGUCCAUUGGUUGCCAGGGUGGUCAAUUGGUUGCCAGGGUGAUUCAGAGAGCAGCCAGGGUGGUCCAUGGGUUUGUAAGGAUAGUCCGUGGGGUUGCCAGUGUGAGUAUUGAGGCUGCCAGGGUGGUUCAAAUAGCAGCAAGGGAGGUCCGGAUGCUAUCAGGAUAGUCCAUGGGGCUUCUAGGGUGGAUCAGGAUGCUGUCAGAGAGGCUGCCAGUAGUCUAAAGUUGCAAAUCAGGGGUGGCUGGUGGGACUCUGAUCAAAGCGAUCAGGCCUUUCCAGAACCAGUCAUCUUUUACGGUUUCUGGGCAAGGAGUGAAAAGAGUCACUUUUGAAGACAUGGCAUGUAUGUUAGCUAACAGAGCUAUAUGUGCAGCUGGUAUAGGACAAGAAUGAUUUGCUGGAGCCUCAAUACAUCAGGAUCGUUUGUGUACAAGUAGCACCAUCUGAGUUUGUACACCAUAGUGCAUAUGUCUUUCACAAGCCUUGAAGACUUGUAGCUGUUAGUGACGUAAUUGUAUGCCUAUUCAUUAUUCAUAUCCUGACAAAAAACAUUUUAGUUGAUGUGGCUUAUAUAGUCGAUUUCAAUUUAACUCAAGAACUGUUAACAAGGAAGACUUUCAGAUUUCAUCUUUUAUUCUUCCAGUGCAAUGUUUUGGUACAGAUGCUGGUACUGUUAUCAAGAAAGUCAUGUUCAACUAGAUUUGGAAUUGUGAUAUAAUACAGCUUGCAUAAUGCCACUUAAAGAUGUUAUCGAAAAACCAUUAUAAGACAGACACACCUGCCAGUUUUUCAGUCCACUAGUCCUCAUAAUGAUAACAUAUAGCAAAACCAUUUUAAGAUGGCAAUUGUCUACUUGUCCUUAUGAUUCCUUAACAAUGGGCAGUUUGGCAUGGAUUAUAGGACAAGUGCCAAUUUCAAUCGAUGCCUGCGUGGAUUCUUCUCCACUUGAAUGCCACAUUAUAAAUUGAUAUUAAUAAAAAAUAAACUUCAAAACAAAGGACAAUGGUCUGAAAUUAUAGAAAGCUCGAGGUUUUUGAGGAUUUGUAGAAAUGCUGACUGCCUGUGAAUGUUCCCCAAUGAGCCAAACCUGGGAGUCUGUCAUUAAUGAGUUUGUGAAUGCUUGUAAGUUAUUGUCAUUGAAUGAUCGAAAGAGUGUGUUCAUAGCCAGUUAGUUCUCCACAGACAUUGUACCAUGUAGGAUGAAUAUGAUUCUGGUUGAAAUAAGACCUUAAGCAAGGAUGUGGGUUAUUUCCCCUUAUGAUGCGGAUGGAUCUGUUAACCAAGGGUGACCUUGUUGUUCUGUUUGUUCCGGGUUACUUCAUCGUCAUAAGAGCAUACCGUAUUCAACGUAAUAAGUGCCCCGG